UCAAGCCGUAGUGCUGAGGUGUUACUUACAAGGCGGUUUUACCGUUGCAGUUCCAGGAGCGGGAUAUUAAUGAAUUAAAAUACAUUUUGGUAGCUAGAGAGCGACAAAGUGAAGGAGUAGAAACAGCUUUAGUUAAGAGGCAAGUAAAUGUGACAGAAGCUGCAGCAGCACCGGCAAACAGUGACGAAUGGCGCCCAAAGGUAAAGUCGGCACGAAGGGAAAGAAGCAGAUAUAUGAAGACAAUGAGGCAACUCUGAAGUUCUACACCAGGGUCAUCCUAGGAGCAAAUGCCAUUUAUGCAGCCGUGAAUUUUUUAAUUUUCUCCAGCUCUUCUACAUUUUGGACAUGGUUUCUGCUGGUGUGUGCACUAGCAGUGUAUGUUGGCAGUUACCGCUCCAUGUCUGCGAUGGCCAAGCCGGCGUUUGCUGAGGAUGGGAGUCUCCUGGAUGGAGGAAUAGACCUGAACAUGGAGCAGGGAAUGGCAGAGCAUCUGAAGGACGUCAUCCUGUUAACAGCCAUAGUCCAAGUUCUCAGCACCAUCUCUUCUUAUUUCUGGUACCUCUGGCUGCUGGCACCGGCUCGUGCCCUGCAUCUGCUGUGGGUGAACUUUUUGGGCCCCUGGUUUAUGGCAGAGAACCCGACAGCUCCAGAGGAAGUGAACGAGAAGAAGCAGAGACGACAGGAACGCAGACAAAUGAGGAAGUUCUGACGGAGCGGAGCAGACCGAGCAGUAUUUUUUUAUACACACACAAUCUAAUAUACAGAUAAAAAAAGGAUCUUGUAAGUUAUUCAGAAAGAGAUUUUGUAAUACGUUUCAAAGGAGUCAGGUUCACCUCUGAUACCGUGGGCCCAUGUUUUCCUCCUGCCGUCUCUUCUAAUCCAAUUUUCCGCAUCAAUUAUAGAAAGAAAUGUUCCCUGUUUAGAUAAUGUCACUGUCCAAAUAUUAUUGGUCCUCACGCAGAGACUUAAGAGCUUUUGUGUUGCACAAUUUCUGCCCUCAGUUGAUUUCCUGUCAGUUACACCCAGGAACAGACAAGGUUUCAAACAAGUCCGAACUUAAAUUAGUUCUUUUAGGAUUUAUUUUUUUGUUUUUUGAAAAUGUAUUUUGUUUUCAGAUUUUCUAUAUCACUGAUUUGUCUUAAUGACUGAGAACAUCGCGGAAAUAAAAGUACCUGUUGCAUGUUUUCAGUAGAAAAAUAUUCCGUCUUCCCUAUGUGUUUUUCUGUGUCUUUUUGACCUGAGAUUUCUUUAAACAUAAAACAGAAGAAGGAGGAAAGUCAUGACAUUGGUGCCUUAAUAAAUGUGUCCAACAUUUUUUCUUUCA